AUGGCUCCUCCCGAGAUUAUAGACGUGGACGACGAAGAGGUGGCCGCUAUGGACGAGAACAAAGUGAUCAAUGAGGAGUUCAAGAUCUGGAAGAAGAAUGUGCCGUUCUUGUACGAUACGGUCAUUACUCACGCCUUGACUUGGCCGAGUCUGACAUGCCAAUGGCUGCCUGAUAAGGAGACACCAAAAGACGCAGACCACACCAUCCACCGACUCAUCCUCGGUACCCACACCUCCGGACAGAACACCGAUCAGCUCAUGAUCGCUGAAGUGGUCUUGCCCAAAAGCGGAGUCGAUGCAAGCGGGAAGGAGGUUUCCGAGCUGUAUGACGAUGAGAGGCAGGAACUCGGAUCACACCAAAAGUCAGCAGCUCGAAUCACAGUCAAGCAGACCAUCAACCACGAUGGCGAAAUCAACCGGGCGAGGUAUAUGCCCCAAAAACCUGAUCUGAUUGCGACCAAGACGGUCCGGGGAGAAGUCUACGUCUUUGACCGGACAAAACACGAGAGCAAGGCGCCGGUCGGUGGAGGAUGCAGGCCAGAUAUCAGGUUGACGGGGCAGGACAAAGAGGGGUACGGCUUGAGCUGGAGUACGGUGGCGGAGGGACAUAUCCUGAGUGCCAGUGAAGAUACGACUGUGGCUCAUUGGGAUAUCAAGCACUUUGAUAAGACUAGUCCAUCAAUAAAGCCAUUGCGCAAAUAUACUGGUCACUCUAGCAACGUCGGGGACGUUGAUUGGCACCCUGUCCACGGCCACAUGUUCGCCUCGGUCGGUGAUGACCGGAAACUCAUGAUAUGGGAUACGAGAAGCGAAAACUCUGCCAAACCCAGCUCGCAGGUCGAGGGGCAUUCAGCAGAAGUCAACGCUGUUGCCUUUGCCCCAAGCAGCGAAUACCUCCUCAUCACCGGUUCAAGCGAUAAGACAAUAGGCCUGUGGGACAUCCGCAAGCUCUCGCUCAAACUCCACUCUUUCGAGUCCCACGCAGACGACGUCCUUUCCGUCGCCUGGUCCCCGCACUCCCCCGUCCACUUUGCCUCGGCUGCCGCCGACCGCCGCGUCCAUAUUUGGAACCUCGACCAGAUCGGCGCCGAGCAGACCCCCGACGACGCAGAGGACGGCCCGCCCGAGCUCAUGUUUGUGCACGGCGGACACAUGUCCAAGGUCUCGGAUCUGAGCUGGUCGCCGAUGGCCAAGUGGCAUUUGGCGACUACGGCGGAGGACAAUGUGCUGCAGGUAUGGGAGCCGAGUCGGCACAUCUGGCAGGGGGACGUGGAUGUCAAUGCGAUGGAUCUGGAGUAG